CUGGAAAUCUUCUCACGUGUUCUGAUAUCGGCAAUCGACGCCGUACUAGCAGAGCAUCGUCGGGGUCCAAUGACAGAAGCGUAUGAGAAAGCAUUUGCCGAGUUGGUGCGUGUCGUUUGUCACAGUGAACAUACGUAUUUGUAUGCGCAGACAUUACUGCAUGUUAUUAGUGAAGAGGAAGAAGGGAUGUCGGCAGCAGCCUGUUCGCAUAUCGCUCAAGCACUACGAAUGGUGGCACACGAACGUGAACAAGACACAUCUGCGUUGUAUGUGGCAUUGCUACAGUCAAAUGAUGAACAGAUAGCACCGAAUCUGAUUCAAGCGAUGCACACAAUGAUGAAUAAAAAAUGCCUCAAUCCCGCCGAUAUCACUCAGUUAUAUCAGCAGUACGUUUCAUCAAAUCCUCCACCGAUUGAACUGAUCCGUGAGCCACUGUUUAUCGAUAUGCUGAUCGACUCGUUGUUUGCAUACGAUGGUGUCAAGGUGCAUACCGAUCAUCGCCCGAAAUAUGUUUAUUUACUGGCAUACGCGGCCUGUGUGGGCGAGAAGAAGAAGAACGGUGUUAGAAGUCAAGCUCGUCAGGAGUUAGACACAACGCGUGAUGCAAUUGAGAGACUUGUUACUCUAUUGGAAUCUGCAGAUGAUCUUCUGAAAGAAUUGAAUCAACUGUUAUUCGGUAUACGUUUACCAGUCGUAGCAGCUGGUUUACUACAUUACUUACGAGGUAACUUGUUGAGUGACGACGUGAUCGGUGAGCCAGAACCGCAAGCUCGUCAGGAGUUAGACACAACGCGUGAUGCAAUUGAGAGACUUGUUACUCUAUUGGAAUCUGCAGAUGAUCUUCUGAAAGAAUUGAAUCAACUGUUAUUCGGUAUACGUUUACCAGUCGUAGCAGCUGGUUUACUACAUUACUUACGAGGUAACUUGUUGAGUGACGACGUGAUCGGUGAGCCAGAACCGGAGUUAGACACAACGCGUGAUGCAAUUGAGAGACUUGUUACUCUAUUGGAAUCUGCAGAUGAUCUUCUGAAAGAAUUGAAUCAACUGUUAUUCGGUAUACGUUUACCAGUCGUAGCAGCUGGUUUACUACAUUACUUACGAGGUAACUUGUUGAGUGACGACGUGAUCGGUGAGCCAGAACCGGUUCAUUUGGUUCUGUUGGACCAGAUUGCCACUUCUCAUCCGAACUUACAUAUGAGAGUAUUUGGCGUACUGUGUGAAUUGUACGAUCGCCAGUCGUCAAUGCAAGAAGCGGCUGAAGUGAUAAUGGAACGGCAACGAAUUGUGAUCGAUCGAUUUGUUCAUUUACUGUCUGUUGGUUUAGCACUACCGGUGAUCGAAAAAGUUAAUCGAAUGUUUAGAGAUGGUCAGAUUGAUAGUUCACUUGUCAGAUAUUUCGCAGUAGAAGUACUGGAAAUCGUCGCACCACCGUAUUCGCAAGAUUUUGUUAACGUUUUCUUACCGAUCGUCUCAAAUCAAGAAAUUUUCGAUCAAAACGUUCAUGACAAAUUGCCGGCAGCCAAGGAAUUCAUUGAACAAUGCACGGCGACAACUUGUUGA